AUGGCGGAUAACAUCGACAACAAAGGGCUCCCGGCACAUAAUGAAAUCGAGAACCUCAGCCUGCCUCCUACUUCACACAAGUUUAGGUUCUCUGAAAAGUCCAAGCACCAGGAUGGUGACGUUGCCUUGAAGCUGUUCACCAAUGCAGACGACCUGCAUGUUCCAAUUGAUGAGGCGGAAGAAAAGAAACUCAUUCGAAAAGUCGACCUCUUGAUCCUUCCGCUGAUCGCUGUCAAUUACGCCUUUUUCUAUAUCGACAAGACGACACUGUCAUAUGCGGCUAUAUUUGGUAUCCGCGAUGACCUUCAUCUCCAUGGGACCCAGUACAGUUGGCUCAGCAGUCUUUUCUACUUUGGAUUCCUGGCGUGGGCAUUUCCUACCAAUUUCCUGAUGCAAAGACUUCCAUUGGGCAAAUACCUUGGCUUCAAUAUAUUCAUGUGGGGGUUCUUCCUUAUGCUGCAGGCUGCUUGUAACAGCUUCGCUACGCUUGGCGUCCUGAGGGCCCUCGCCGGCGCUGCCGAAGCGUGCUCGGAUCCCUCUUUCAUGCUCAUUACUUGUAUGUGGUAUACUCGGAAAGAGCAGCCACUGCGUAUCGGACUAUGGUAUACGGCAAAUGGUCUCGGUAUCGCCCUCGGUGGGCUUCUCGGCUACGCCAUUGGUCACAUCAAAGGGGCGUUGGCAUCAUGGAGGUACGAGUUUAUUAUCAUCGGUGCGCUAUGCUGCACGUGGGGAAUCGUCAUUGCAAUCUUCAUGCCUGACAGUCCUGUCACGGCCAAAUUCUUGAACGAUCGCGAGAAGAGAAUUGCCGUUGAGCGUCUUAUGGGUAAUCAGACUGGGGUGGAAUGCAAGCCCUACCAAAUUUGGGAAGCCUUCACGGACAUCAAACUAUACCUGUUCUUCACCUUGGGUGUUGUUGGAAACGUACCAAAUGGUGGUAUUUCAAACUUUGGCACUCUCAUCAUCAAAGGUUUUGGCUUUUCAACCCUGGUUACUACGCUCAUGCAGAUUCCAUAUGGUGUCUUCAUCAUCUUGUCGAUUUUGACGUGUGUCUUUUUAAACGACCGCUUCCCCAACAACAACCGGUGCAAGUUCAUAUUGCUGUUCCUGUGCCCCAACAUCGCCGGCGCCUUUGGGCUUUGCUUUGUCAACGAAAAACACCACGUCGGCCGCUACUUCUGUUACCUGCUCACGGGGCCUUACAACGCAGCCUUUGUGAUGAUCUUGUCCCUCCAGAUUGCGAACACGGCGGGCCACACCAAGAAAGUGGUCACCAACGCCGUUCUUUUCUUGGGAUAUUGUACCGGAAACAUCGCCGGCCCAUUUUUCUACAAGACAGAUCAAGCGCCCGGCUACACCCUGGGCAUUUGGAGCAUGAUCGUCAGCCACCUCCUCGAAGUUUGCGUCAUCAUCACCUUCUGGAUGCUGAUGAAGUACGAAAACGCGCGCCGCGACCGGAUCCAGGGCCACCAGGAGCGGGAUCUCGACGCCACGGCGUUCGGCGACCUGACGGACCGGGAGAACUUGAACUUUCGGUACAUCUACUGA